AUACGUCGUUUUGAAAAAGUAUCCGAGAUUUACCAUUUUACUUAUUUCGAAUUUUCUCAUUAUUCCUUUGUUUUUCAAGUUCGAGUAAAGUACAAUUCCGAAUACCAUGCUUGAUCAUAUUAUUCAAUAUAAGCGAUAUUUCGUCUUUAAUUUUAGGACCCUAUUGUUGGAACAAGGACAGCUAACCGGUCACCCUGAUCAGCUGUUGCCGGCAGCCAAGCCACCAGCUUUUUGGCGCGGAAGUCGGGGGGUAUUCAGAUGCAAUGUUUAUCUGUUUAUCACUCAACAAAUUUAUGAAAAUAUUUUAUUUUCGCAAUAAAUGUUUUAAAUGUUUUAAAGUGAGGUUUAAUAAAUGCAAUUUAUAUUAUAUCCAGGAUAAUAGGCUCCUAAAGGCCUAUCUUAAUUUCUGCAUAAUUUGAUCAAGCAUUGAUUAAAACGACAUAUUCACUCAUUUUUUAAAUAUUCCUAUUUGGUAAAGCCCUGAGACGGGACUCGCGAAGAGGAAAAAAAGCAACGUCAAGUGCAGCCCAACUGAGCUGUCAGUUGUAGCCCGUUUGAUUACGUUACCUAAAACGAGUAAAGUAUUGCUAUCCGAGAUAAAUUCUGAAGCCAAAAUUCACUCCGAGCAGCAUUUUCUUCUCCUGUACUGUCAAAAAUAAAUUGAAAACAAAAUAUUCCAAUGAUUACUUUGCUUGGCGAUUGCUGGCGAUGCAAAAUUUCACCUCAACAUGAUUUUGUGCGUGAAUGGGAUUCAGUCACACUGCAUGUGAGGUGAUGCGGUCACGUACGUGUUUGAACCACCAGCCCAAAACAUAAUGUCAACACAGAUAGGAAGAAGAAAAAAAUAACAAAGUGGAGAAAAAGAAGACCGUCUUCGCGAGUCUCGUCUCAGGUAAAGCCCAUAAAAUAUAUUUUCAAAAGUUUUAAUAAUUUUUGCAACACUCCUUGUUUAGCACUCAGUUUUGGGUAAAUUUUGUUUACCGUGUAUGUCAAACAGGAACAUUUGUUGUCAAAAGUGAGCCAAUGUGAUGUCUUUGGCAACCAACUGUUUUACUUUCGUUACGUCAAGGUUGACCUCGAAUGUCAAACAAGACCUGUUCAUCAUUAUUUUAUUUUCGAGCUUAUCCACUUAUCCGCGAGCGGUAAUGGCGGCGGCGGGCACACAUAACCGAUUCGAAUUUUGACGUUUCGUGGGGAUCGCAAUCGGUUGGCGCCAACAAACGGUGGGUGAAGGGGUGGGGAGGAGAAUGAAACUGUUUUGACUUUCCCCCAAGAAACGUCAAAAUCCGAACCGGUUGGAUAUGCCCGCCGCAGGGCCCACCGCCGCCAUUACCGCUCGCGGAUAAGUGGAUUAACUAUUCUGCCAUUGUUUAAGUUCGGAAAAAUUACCAUUGAGAUCAGAAAAGCAUGCUGCUUCGUGUUAUACAGCAAAACCGGGAAAAUAUUUUUCAUUUUAGGACCCUAUUGCUAAUAUUUGUUAUUCUGAAGACCUAUACGUUAGAAAUAAUGAUGUGCUUGAAAAAACUUGCUGAUUAAUUGGUAUCUGUAAAAUACAUCGAGAAUCCCCUCGAUAUUCGACGACUGUUCUAAACAGUUUCACAAACAGUCGGGAUAAUCAAACUUUGAACUGAAUACACAAUAACCAUUGGUAAAUAAAAGCUUUGGUAUACUACAAAUACUGUGUAUUCAGUUCCAAGUUGGAUUAUCCGGACUGUUUGUGAAGCUGUUUUGAACAGUCGUCGAAUGUCGAGGGGGUUCUCGAUGUAUUCCAUAGGAACCGAUCAAUCGAAAAAUAGUUUCGUGAACAUCUUUAUUUCAAACAUGUAGGUCUUGAGAACAACACAUAUUGGCGGGGGGAGCGACACUAGUUUUGCCAAGCCGAAAAACCCCAAAAAAAGCCGAAAAAAGUUGAAAAAACCUUGGAAAAAACCCGGUAAAACCCGCAAAAUUUUUGCGGGUUUUAGCGACUUUUUUGGGCUUUUUUCAUCUUUUUUUGAGGUUUUUUGACUUGGCAAAACUAGUGUCGCUCCCCUGCAUAUUGGUAAUUAUCCUGAAUUAUAUAAAUUGCCUUUAUCAAACACUAUUUUAAAACAUUCAAAACAUUUACAGUAGACGUUCGGUCGGUGCAAGCGGUUUAACUGCAAUGCUUUUUAACUGCAAGUUCGGUAAGUGCAACAAAUUUGCAGUUAUCGCACAGCUAUCCGUCAAAACGGUGCGCCAAGUUAGCCCAAAUUAAAAUUCGAAUGAAUUUUUCGUUCAUUUAACUUCAAUUGAUAGGUUGUUGACGCCUGUUUGACGUUGCAGUUAUUGAAUUUUGUUCGCUAAGUGAAACGUUAACAUGUUGCAGUUAUCGAACGUCUACUGUAAAUACUAAUAACCACAUACAGUAGACGUUCGGUCGGUGCAAACGGUUUAACUGCAAUGCUUUCUAACUGCAAGUCCGGUAAGUGCAACAAAUUUGCAGUUAUCGCACCGCCAAACGUCAAAAUGGUGCGCCAUGUUAGCCCUAAUCAACAGUCGAAUGAAUUUUUCGUUCAUUUUACGUCAAUUGACGGCUUGUUGACACUGUCAGGCGUUGCAGUUAUCGAAUUUUCGUUCGCUAAGUGAAACGUAAACAUGUUGCAGUUAUCGAACGUCUACUGUAGUGGUUUCACAGCGCGGCGUCACGAACACUAAUGCAAAUCUACUGGUUGAAAAUAUGCCCAUUUGAUUUUGCUGGGAACAGCUGAUCUUUGUUUACUAUUUUCAACCAGUAACUCAGGUGGUGUUCGUGUAAUGCAGCGUGUACGUACACGCAUUACCACUAAAAGCAGAAACCACUAUUGACCAAUCCAAAUUCCUGUGUGGUAGUGGUUUGUGUUCAGAUUUCCCGUGUUAAUCUAUCUGUAAGAACUUUGUAAACAUCUUUUGUUCUCACGUACGGAUAGGCUUGCAUUAGGUUUCGUGAGGCAUUUUGGAAACGCAAUAGAAUUUUUUUAAAUCGGUACCAACAUUUCAAAAGGGAGUAACUGCUUUUGCAACCAAUGCCUGAUCAUAAAGCUGUGGACCGUAUCUCAUCCCUCCCGAUCAAUCCACUAGCACAAAUAGAAAGAUAAAAUCCUCCUCUUUCGUUUAAUGGAUGUGAAUUGCGUAAGAUGAAUGAUAUACGAUGCACAACUCUGUGAGAAGUAAUUGGUUGUAAAAGCAGUUACGCCCUUUUGAAAUGUUGAUGCCGAAAUCCGUGUAUAACCAAAAAUAAGGUGAAUUUACUUUUCCGUGUAUACGCUUCUCACAUUCCUACCUUUAUCUAACAAUCUUGCGCGAAAAAGUGCGGGUUUUCUUUGUUCUUUUGCUGCUACUAGAUUCGGUCGGUCAUUUCGGUAGCUUCGUCCGUCGAUAGCAGUCAGCAAGUUUUAAAAAAUAAUUAUCGUUCAGUGUCCGCGGUGAAAAUGUUUAGUGUUCGGCAGACCAGCGAAGAUCAGCGGAAAAUGGAGCAAAAUCACGCAGGUCCAUCAGAGAGCUUCAGAAGAUCUUCAGAAAUUCAAAUUACCAAGAGAAAAUCAUCUUCGCCUCCUCCGAGUAGUACCGCCAUGAGUGCCACAAGGUCUCGUUCCUCUUGUGUUCAUGAUAGAAAGGAUUCUCCUCUAUCGAGUGGUAGUACCGCAGGUGUCUCAAGACCUGUGAAAUCGGUUGGUAAACAGGAGCACCAAUCUGUCGUCAGACACGGAACUGCAAAGUUAAAGCACAAGCGUCGGAAGAAGAAGAUCACAUCGAUGAACGACGUCAAUGUGAAGGGGAACCCAGAUGCGACACCUACGAUCAAAACGUGUUACCGGCAAGAUCAUCAAAAUGGAUCGGUUCUAAAUAUUUCCGAAUCCAUUGCGCCACCUGUGAUCACUGCCAAUGUUCAGAACGAGUCGAGUCUGAUUGGCGAAGCAGAACAAGCUCCCGUAAAGGUUGAGCCGCUGCACGGUACCGUUGCGGAGACACCACAAACAACCAGAAGUAAAGAGACAUGGACUGUUAUUCACCAGCUACCGCUGCCGCAGCUCGAUGGCUUCGUUGCGAGUUUCGAAAACGGAUUCAGGUUGAAAACGGAAAACAACCCUGCAAAAGGCCGGAUGCGAUACUACAAUUGUACCCGAAUUAAAGUUCGUGCCAAACCACAAUGCUCGCGACAGCUGUUGGCAUUCAUUCCAAACACCGUCGGUCCAGUGUCAGUUAGUGUAAAGGGACACCACACUUGUCAUGAGGCUCCUACCGGCACUGUAGCACGAACGAAGAUUACAAAGGAAGAUCUACAAAUCAUUGACCAGCUUGUGGGAUCGGGUGUACCGUCGAAGCACGUUAAACUACAAAUGCAAGCUAACAACUCCCAUCUCGCCAAAGGCUCUCUGAACUACGCCGUGAAGAUGUCGCAGAAGAAAAUAUACGGCAAUGGAGAAAUGUCCCUUGGCGAACUCGAAGCCUGGGUAGUCUCGAAAUCGACAACGCCUGAAGCUGCCGAACAAGGUUACGUGAUUGGCCAAGAUAUCGACCGUGACAACGGAAAAUUCCGGAUUGUACUUUCUUCCAAACGGAUGCUCUCCUUGCUACCUCGAUUCCGAACAAUAGCGGCGGAUUGUACAUUUAAGACAACUUUACAAGGAUAUCCCCUACUUGUCGUAUGCGUCAUUGAUGAAAUGAGGAAGGCACAUCCCGUUGCAUUCGCGUGCGUUACACACCAGGAACAUAUUGAUUAUGAGUUUGUUUUUCGAAGCCUGCUUACUGCCGCAUCGCAACAUGGAGAUGUAAAUAUCUGCAACUUUCUCAGUGACGGAGAAGCUGCACUGAAGAAUGCGGCGCGUACCGUGUUCGGUCAAUCUGUUGCAUUGCUUAAUUGCUAUUUUCAUGUAAAACAGAAUUUGAUCAAACACUUCAAGAAGAGUAAAGAGUUGUCCGCUGACAUCCAGAAUCAGGUGCUUCGAGAGGUUACGCUGCUGCAGAUCGCGCCUACGAAACCACAUUUCGCUGCUGCAUUGGAGCUCUUCAUUGCGAAGUACAGCCAAUACGAAGCAUUUUCUCUUUUUUUUGACAAAUAUGCUCGUAAUGAAAAAUUUGCAUUAUGGUACGAAGCGGCGCAACCUGGUGUACCGUCAACUAAUAAUGCCAUCGAGGCAAUCAACAAGUCUAUUAAACAUAAUUAUCUGAAACGGCACAAGGAACCAUUUUCCACAUUUAAAGUGCAAUUGAUGAACAUCAUACAGGCGUACAGUAAUCCAGAGCGCGUGAUCGCGCUCGAUCGGUCAAUUGCAUUGGCUGACGAACGUGAAGCAUUCGACUUCCUGAAGUCUUCGAAAAAAAUUCGUACAAUCAACAGAAAUGAGCAGGGUAAAAUUUUCGUAUUUGUUCCUGGAAGAAACCACCGGGAGGUGUCGCCGGUGGACAUACAGAGAUUCGAAAACCCCGAGUACCGAACGAUCGACGCUUACCUGGAGGACAUUGGAAAAAUUCAUCGCGUUGAGGUAACUGGAAACUUCAAAACAUGGAAUUGUACCUGCUCUCAGUUUUUUAAAUCGAACGGUUGCGCACACAUUUUAGUGGUCGCAGUCAAGCGCAAUGUAUACACCCUGCGGCCGGAAGCAAAUACGGCCCAACUCAGUAUCAAGAAAACUGGCGGUCGUCCAAAAUUUAUUUCGAAGGCUCUUUGCAAAGACUAAGAGCAGUCCAUUUCGGUUGAAACGCCUAACAGCGUUUCUGUUGUUUUCAGGGGAGCGACACUAGUUUUGCCAAGCCGAAAUAUAAAAAAAAGACGAAAAAAAGUUUUCGCUGUUUUUGGGAUAUUUCGGCUUAAGAAAACUAGUGUCGCCCA